AAAAUAAAAGCAAGGAACUUGCUUUUUUUUUUUUUUUUUAUUGGAGAAUUGGAAUUGGAGGUGAGAAGACAGCCACCGGCCUACAUCCCGCAACACGCACGAAGUAACGUAAAUCCUGGGUAAAUGGGAACGUGGUCUUGCAAUGAAACGACGUCGUUUGCUUCAUCGGCGAAUCGCGAUGUUGCCGUCUUGCCUCCUUGAUCUUCCCCCAAACCAUCGCUAGCACCAGUGCACACCUUGCAUACUUUCUCCGUCCCUGCUCCUCUCUCUCGACCGCAGGAAUGAGACCUCAAAUCGUGUUGUUUGGAGAUUCAAUAACAGAACAAUCCUUCAGAUCAGGGGGAUGGGGAUCCGCCCUUGCUGAGACCUACUCUCGAAAGGCUGAUGUAGUUGUGCGUGGUUAUGGUGGGUACAACACUAGGUGGGCUCUGUUCUUGCUGCAUCACAUUUUCCCUAUGAGCUCCACAAAACCGCCUAUUGCUACCACAAUAUUCUUUGGGGCUAAUGAUGCUGCAUUGCUGGGAAGGACCAGUGAACGGCAACAUGUGCCUGUGGAAGAGUACAAGGAGAAUCUCAGAGCAAUUGUUCAUCAUCUGAAGGUAUGCUCUCCCAGCAUGCUGGUGGUGCUUAUAACUCCACCCCCAGUUGACGAAGAAGGUCGGAAAGAGUUUGCACUAUCUGUCUGUGGAGAAAAAGCAAUGAAACAUCCGGAAAGGACAAAUGAAGUGGCAGGAAUUUACGCAAAGCAGUGUGUUGAUUUAGCUAAAGAACUGGGUGUCUCUUCAAUCAAUUUAUGGUCCAAGAUGCAGGAAACAAAGGGCUGGCAGAAAAAGUUUUUAAGUGAUGGUUUGCACCUAACAGUAGAAGGCAAUGCAGUAGUUCAUCAAGAGGUUGUAAGAGUUUUCACUGAUGCUGGGCUUUCUGCCCCACACAUGCCAUAUGAUUUUCCUCACCAUUCAGAAAUUGAUGGGAAGAACCCUGAGAACGCUUUUCAGCAGCAAUGCUCGUAGUUUACAUUAUUUUAUACACCUCUCUCUUUCUCCUCACUGUUUUUUUCAUCAUUAUAGUAAUGAAGACCAUUCUUCUGGUGAUGAAGUCUUAAGAACUACCUCUUUACCAUUUUUUUCCUAAAAAAAAAAAUAAUAAUUUUCCAUACUAUUCCUGUUCUAGCAUGAGGAACCACCCUUGAGUUGUAAUAAAGGGAUGAGAAAUCUUCACAACUCCAAGAGAUUAGUGAUAGCACACUGUCAAACUGUGAUAGUACCCACAGCAAAUGACAAAUCUUGUGAUCAUGUCGAAUGAGAAAUCAUGGUUUUAAAA